AUGCACUUGGAGGACUUUCAUGCGGACAGGAACGAGGAGGACGUACAGCGGGCCGUCUCUAGAAGCAUCAAACAGGAGAGUUUCAAUUCCUUGCACCUGGUGCCGAUCACAGCAAUGAAUACAAACACUCAGCAGGCUUGUUGGGCGACUUCCAACGCGGACACUGGAGUCUCCUCGCCCAUAUUACCAAAUAACACCAGUCCGCGAGAGUACACCGACUGGGAGCAACUGACAGCCGCGUUCCAGUACCCCUGUCAACAGUAUGCUUCCACGGACAGGUCACCGGGGAGUACGGGGAGCGAGGCUACCACGCCAACGUGGACCACCGUCGUCCACGGCGAGACUUUGGACUCGAACGGAAGGUUGCCUCCCGUAGGAUCAGCGUUCUCCUUCUCGCGCAGCUUCUGCAACACGGUUUACCCAGAGUAUCAAGGCUACCAAGGCUACCAGGAGUACCAAGACGACACGACAGUGUCCUUACCUCUCAUCCUGCACUCCCAAGUGGAGGGUCAAGGAUUCACAGGGCCCAUGCAGACCGCCACGGAUGAGUUCGACCUCAGCCUGAUCAGAGGCGACCCCACGUCACUGUUGAACGUGGACUCGCCACCUUCUCCUUCGUCGACGUACCUGGAAGAACUCCAGGAUCCUUUCUCCAAUCUCAAUGGGUCAUGCUACGCGGUGGGACACCUGGUUUCCGGGCAACAGGCCUCCGUUUCAGCGAUGACGUUCGUCAGCGACACGGGGAUGGCCGAGUGCUUCGGGAACCAAGUCGUUCUUCCUAGAAACGAAGGACUGCUGCUCGCCGAUCGACGCGUGCCUGUCUCCAAGGCUGUGUCCGAGACGGAGAAUCGAAAUAAGUCUUACGAGUGUUCGACGGCCGACGACAACCUGACGUCGACGUACCAAUGCCGAUGGAUAGAUUGCGGCUGCGCUUUCGCUGAACAGGAGGGCCUGGUGCGGCACAUCGAGAGACGACACGUGGAGUCUUCGUCGUCGAGCUCCCACGGGCACGGGAGACGAGUCCAGAGGGAUAGGGACAGGGACAAGGACAAAGACGGCGAUGGCUUCACUGGUAACGGAAACGCACAGGACGAGUUCGCCUGCCUCUGGCAAGGAUGCCCAAGGGCCCGUCCUUUCAACGCCAGGUACAAGUUGCUGAUACACAUGAGGGUGCACAGCGGAGAGAAGCCCAAUAAAUGUCCGUUCGUUGGAUGCAAAAAGGCGUUCUCGCGAUUGGAGAACCUGAAGAUUCAUCAGAGAUCUCACACGGGAGAACGACCCUACGCUUGCCAACAUCGCGGUUGCUCUAAAGCGUUCAGCAAUAGCAGCGAUCGUGCAAAACAUCAAAGGACUCACUACGAUACGAAACCGUACGCUUGUCAGGUGACUGGUUGCGGUAAAAGAUACACGGACCCCUCGAGCCUGAGGAAGCACGUGAAGAAUCACUCGGAGACCGUGUCGUCGUUGGCCAGCCUGGCGCCGGAAUCGAAGAUCGCUGCCAAUUUGACCAACACGUCGCGGCACGAUCCGAUUUCUACGACUUCCAGACAACAGACGCAAACCGUGGCUACCUUCGCGGAAUCAAAUUAUCGGUCGUAUAAGUCUUCCGAGUCUUAUGCGGACGAGGACGCGGAUCUGUUCCAGACGAAUCUGUGUCAGGUCGAUAGGAUUUCCAUGAGCCUUGAGAGCAAUCAAGAGUACGUCCCGAUCGAGUCCGUGAAGCGUUUUCUCAUCGAUGAUGUCAGCAAUUCGCACGUGGAUGGCACAGGAUAUUGCGAGGAAGACGUGCCUGAUUUCCAGGAGCUGGGAUCGGAUAUCGAGCAGCAGUUCCUCGAGCUGAGCAGCUUGGAUGACGCUGUGUUCAUUGACGGAUAGUUCGCACGCCUAAAAAGACUCACUUUUGUACUCGAUUUUGUAUAACGCUGUUACACUCGAUGAAAUCAUAUAUUUUUGUACAUAGCUUUGUAUAUACCAUAAACAAGAAAAUACAGCGAUCUUGAUUAUCUUCAGUUUUCCUGGUCAAAUUUAUUCCCAAAUUUCAAUGUAGCCACACUUCUAAUACAGAGAGAAGUGAGUCUACUAAUUAUACAGGUGUUGCAUAAAAAUAUGAGAUAACCUAUAAGUCGAUCGUACUUGGUCCACGGAAUCGGCCAUGACACUAUGCAGAGUAUCGAUAGCCGGAUCGCAGCGACAUUUUGAUCGGAUUAUAACCCUGGAAGACUACGGUAGACUUCGUACAAAACA